UGAAAGAACUGACAGAACUACACCAUGAAAAUGUUGUGGCUUUAUUGGAUUGCAAGGAGUCUUCAAUGCAUGUCUUUCUGGUCAUGGAGUUUUGCAAUGGAGGAGAUCUCGCAGAUUAUUUAACAGAAAAAGGAACUUUAAGUGAAGAUACCAUCAGACUCUUUCUUACGCAACUAGCCGGGGCUAUGAAGGCUCUCCAUGCAAAAGGUGUUGUCCAUCGAGACCUGAAACCUCAAAAUAUUUUGCUUAGUCACGCUGGAACAAAACCUUACCCGCAGCCUCAACACAUUCGCCUAAAAAUAGGUACUAGCUUUUCUCUAAUUUGCACUUGA